AUGAGGCGACCUGUCGCUGCUCCUCUGCUGAUGCGACAGCCGGCCCGUCUCCUCGCCACACACGCUGCCAGCAACACCAAGAAGCCAUGUGCAGACUACAUCUCCCUCUCGCACCCGGACGGAGACGCAUCUCGCGGCUCAAAGAUCGCAGACACCCUCGACCGCUUCUCCCACUCUGUCCUCGCCACCUACUCCCGUCCCCAACUCAUUUUUACCCGCGGCAACGGUCUCGACCUUUAUGCUGCCGCUGAUCCCAACACAAACGCCGGCCACAACGAACGCAAGUACCUCGAUUUCUCUUCCGGUAUCGCCGUCAACUCGUUGGGUCACGCCGAUCCCAAGAUCGCCGAGAUCGCCGCCGAGCAGAGCGCAAAGCUUGUGCACGCCAGCAACCUGUACCACAACGAAUGGUCGGGCGAGCUCGCCGAUCGCAUGGUCACCUUGACACAUCAGCUUGGCGGUCUCGGCUUCGAGAAGGGCUCCAAGCCCACCGAGAGCGGCACAGCCGGUCUCAAGGUGUUCUUGGCCAAUUCGGGCACAGAAGCCAACGAGGCUGCGCUCAAGUUUGCCCGUAAAGCGGCAAAGAACCACCCGGGCAAAGGCGGUGCUCAAAAGACCGGUCUGGUCAGCUUCACCAACGCCUUUCAUGGCAGGACCAUGGGUGCGCUCGCCAUGACGCCCAACCCCAAGUACCAGGCUCCGUUUGCCCCUCUGAUCGGGGACGUUCGUACCGGAACUUACAACGAUGUUGCCGGCGUCGAUUCGCUCGUCGACGAGACUACGGCGGGUGUGAUCGUCGAGCCGGUUCAGGGUGAGGGUGGUAUCUACCCUGCCUCGUUGGAAUUCUUGCAAGCGCUGAGGAAGAGGUGCGACGAGGUGGGUGCCAUGCUCAUCUACGACGAGAUCCAGUGCGGGCUCUUCCGCGCAGGUACGCUGUGGUGCCACAGCGACUACCCCACCUCGGCACACCCGGAUAUGGUGACCAUGGCCAAGCCCCUCGCCAAUGGCUUCCCCAUCGGUGCCGUCCUCAUCCGCGACAGCGUCGCCAACCUCAUCGCCGUCGGUGAUCACGGUACCACGUUCGGCGGCGGACCGCUUACCAGCCGCAUCGCGCACCACGUGCUCGGCCGGCUGUCGAGCAACGAGCUGGGCGAGUCGAUGAAGGAGUCUUCGCAGGCUCUGUUUGGUCGACUGAACAACUUGGUCGCCAUGUUCCCCGAUCUCUUGCUCAACGAUCCUGAAGGUGGUAAGCCGAGUCCGCGAGGCAAAGGUCUCAUCGUCGGUGUCAGUACCAAGGAUCCUUCGCACGCGGGUAAGGUUGUGCAGCUCGCUCGUCAGCGCGGGCUGCUCAUCCUGACCGCUGGAUCGGACACCAUCAGGAUCCUGCCCAGUUUGACCGUGACGAGGGAGCAGGUGGACAAGGCGGUGGAUAUCAUCGAAUCGUGCCUGCUGGUCGUGCGGGAUGAAGUGCAGCGAUCGUCGUCGUCUGCUUCCGCUUCCGCACACUCUUCCAGCAGUGCUGGUCAGCAGCAGGUUCGAGCGUUCUCUUCGUCCUCCCGAGCUUCCGCCGAUGCUACAGCUGCCAGCGCCGAAGACAUCCAAUCUGUCUACGCGCAAUUCGUCUCCCUCGGCCAAUCAUGGCCCAAAGACCCGCUGCGUCCGGACAUCAACUUUGGAGCUUCGAUCAUCAGCGCAGCUCAAACAGCCCUGCUCUCCCCCCAAUCUCAGGCAUCUCUGCAUCCGGAACAGGUCCACGCCAAGCAACCCGGCGAUCCCCUCCCGACCCCGCUGCCGGGGACGAAGAGCCUCACGGUGGACGAGGUCGAGUACGCCAAGAGGAGUCUGGAGCUGCUCAAGGAGCUGAAGGACGACAAGGUGAAAGGAAGGUACGUGCUGGGCGAGGAGAUGAUGAGGCCCAAGAGCAUGCCAGAGUACUACGAGAGGUUGAAGAGGAGUAUCGAUCGGGCGGUGGGUGGUCAGAGCGUUAGUAUGGGGUGGGGGGAGUGGUUCAGGAGGUUUUUGGGGAGGGAGUGA